UUCUAGUGCGCAGCAGCGUCGCCUCUGUAGCUGAUCUGUCCAUUUAUUAAAUGUCACAACAUUACUUUUAAAUCAUGUAUCACAAACCAGUACUGAAAAACAGACGAACUCUACUGGAGCGAGCAGAGAAGUUCAUUUCCGAUACAUAUUUCACAGACUGCAAUCUUAGAGGAAGACUGUUUGGAGACACUCGUCCACUUGAGUCCAUCUCUGUGUUCCAGUCUGAGAAGAGAAUUUCUUAUUCAGAGGCAAUUCAGCAAGACUUUCUGCCCUGCAAAUUUGGUGAUGCAUUCGGACCCACAUGGUGGACAUGCUGGUUCAGAGUGGUCCUGAAGAUCCCUGAGACCUGGAGAGGGAAGGAGGUGCAUUUGAGAUGGGAGAGUGAUGGAGAAGGAAUGGUGUGGCGGGAUGAACAGCCAGUCCAGGGUUUGACCAAAGAGGGUGAGAAGACCAGUUAUAUUCUGACUGAAUGCUUGAAGGACAGUGAGCCUCACAGCAUUACUCUCUAUGUGGAACUGGCAUGUAAUUCACUAUUUGGAGCUGGACAAGGAUCCAUGAUCGCAGCCCCAGACCCAAACAGGAAGUUUACUCUCCAGAAGGCAGACGUUGUUGUCUUCAAUCGAGAUGUCAGGGAGCUUCUCACAGACUUUGAGCUGCUUGUGGACAUCGUCAAGUUACUUGGAGAGGGAGAGCAGCGUGGAUACCAGGCUUUGUUCACAGCCAAUGAGAUGGUGAAUCUGUGUGACCCAACCGAUAACAGUUCAUUUGCUUCUGCCCAGAGUCUAGCUCAGAGGUUUUUUUCCCAGAGAAAUGGGGAAAGCCAACACGUGGUACAUGCCAUGGGUCACUGUCAUAUUGACUCUGCUUGGUUGUGGCCAUAUGAAGAGACCAUUAGGAAGUGUGCCCGCAGCUGGGUCACUGUGAUCAGACUGAUGGAAAACAACCCAGAGUUUGUCUUUACAUGCUCCCAGGCACAACAGUUUCAGUGGGUGAAGAGCUGGUAUCCAGGCCUGUUCUCAGAGAUCAAACACUUUGUACAGAAAGGCCGGUUUAUUCCAGUUGGGGGCACAUGGGUAGAGAUGGAUGGCAACUUGCCAUCUGGGGAGUCCAUGGUCAGACAGUUUCUACAAGGCCAAAGCUUCUUCAAGGAAGAAUUUGGACAUUACUGUAAAGAGUUUUGGCUGCCAGACACAUUUGGUUACUCGGCACAGCUCCCUCAAAUCAUGAAAGGAUGUGGAAUCACUCGUUUUCUUACACAGAAGCUGAGCUGGAAUCUCGUCAACACGUUUCCGCAUAACACAUUUUUUUGGGAAGGCAUUGAUGGCUCACAGGUCCUCACUCAUUUUCCUCCUGGAAACUCCUAUGAGAUGAAGGGUAAAGUUGAAGAUCUGAUUAAUACAGUGAAGAACAACAAAGACAAGGGAAGAACCAAUCACAGCGCAGCACUUUUUGGUUUUGGAGAUGGGGGCGGUGGCCCAACACAGCUGAUGUUGGAUCGUCUGCAGCGCGUCCGGGACACCGAUGGCCUCCCAAAGGUUCAGAUGUCCAGUCCUGAUGUCUUGUUCUCUGAGCUAGAAUCAGACUCGGCUCUCCUGUGCACUUGGGUCGGCGAGCUCUUCCUUGAGCUGCACAAUGGCACUUACACCACACAAGCAAAGAUUAAGUUGGGAAAUCGCCAGUGUGAAGCUCUACUCCAUGACCUUGAGGUGGCCAGCUGUCUGGCCUUGUGUAGAAGAGAAAGUUUCACAUACCCAUCAUGCAAACUUCAAGAACUGUGGAGAUUGCUUCUCCUCAAUCAGUUCCAUGAUGUGAUUCCCGGCAGCUGUAUUGAGAUGGUUGUUGAGGAUGCAUUAGAGUACUAUGAUGAGAUAUGCACCACAGGGUCCAAACUACUACUUGCUGCUUGUGAAUCACUGGUAUCUGGUUCUGCCCAGGAUGUAGGAUCAAGCAUAUCUGUGUUAAACACUUUAUCUUGGGAAAGAACUGAAGUCGUAUCACUACAAGGGGAGGACACUCAAACGAAAUUAGCCUUAGUGAGUGUACCUAGUGUGGGCAUAGCUCCAGUCAUGGAAACGGCUGAACCUGCCCCUCUUGUUUCUAUCACAGUGAUGGUUGAUGGGAACAUUAAGAUGGAGAAUGGUCUUUUGAAGGUCGUAAUAGACAGAACAGGGCGUUUGAUGUCCCUGCUAUUAGUACAGACAAACAGGGAAGCCAUUUCUGAGGGUUCCCUUGGGAACCAAUUUACUUUGUUUGAUGAUGUGCCUCUGUACUGGGAUGCCUGGGAUGUGAUGGACUAUCACCUUCAGACAAGGAAGCCUGUAAUUGAGGUCAUCGAGCCUGCCAAGGUGGUGAGCUCAGGAGGACUUCGAGGUAGCGUCUCCUUCACGCUAAGGAUCAGUGGAAAGAGCACCAUUACACAAGAAAUUGUUCUGGAUGCUUGCUGUCCCUAUAUAAAAUUCAACACGCAGGUGGACUGGGAAGAAGCACACAAGUUUUUGAAGGUGGAGUUCCCCGUGCAGGUGCACAGCCCAAGUGCUACCUACGAGAUCCAGUUUGGACACUUGCAGAGGCCCACACACAGAAACACCUCCUGGGACUGGGCUCGCUUUGAGGUGUGGGGCCAUAAAUGGGCUGAUCUGUCUGAGCAUGGUUUUGGCGUGGCUCUUCUCAACAACUCCAAAUAUGGAUACUCGAUCCAUCAAAACAUCAUGACCUUGUCUUUGCUGCGAGCUCCAAAAGCCCCAGAUGCCAAUGCUGAUAUGGGCCGACAUAAUUUCACCUACGCGUUGAUGCCACACACAGGCUCCUUCCAGGGUGCUUCGGUCAUCCAGUGCGCUUACAGCCUCAACUUCCCACUUCAUCUGUGUCAUGGUGUCACUUCUGAAUCCUGGAGUGCGUUCACCAUAAGCUCACCUUCUGUCAUCCUUGAGACCAUAAAACAGGCGGAAAAAAGAAAGAAUGCCCUUCUUGUUCGCCUGUAUGAAUCCCAUGGAAGCAGCGUGACAUCGAUUUUGUCGACUUCCCUUCCUGUGCAAGAGGCCUGGCAUUGUGAUCUGCUGGAGCGGCCUGAUCCCAGUGUUCCAAUAUCCAGUGCAGCCUCUGGAAUAUCCUUAACUUUCAAGCCAUUUCAGAUCAAAUCUCUGCUUUUAAUUAUACAGUGAGCCAUUUAAUUACAUAUCAGUUGUAUGAUUAACAAAAUGUUUACCAUGAUUAAAUAUUCUGAAUCAA